UAAAGUACUUCGUUAACUUGAGAGAGGUUAGAUGUUCUAGGUCAGUGGGAAAGAUAAACUAAGACAACAUGCUUCAGAACAAGAAUUAAACUUAUUAUGGGCUGAUCGUCUCACGGUAUUUGUAACAAACCGCCUGUGAACGUGUUGUUUGCCUGACGAAGUCACCAACCUUAGUUUUAGCACGUGGUUUGUUUACUUGUAGUCUGCUGCUCAUAUUUUGGCAGCUGUCCAAAAAAAGUAAGGAGCUGGAACGCUGUGCUGUUUUAAGUGAUUGGCUACACCUGUUGGAAAAACGCCCAUCGCAGCUUCUUGAUUGAAAUAAGUAAGCACAUUUUUAAGUUGGGUUGCUAGGCUACAAUAAUGUUAUACUUAGGAGUACUUUUCUGAAUCAUCGUGAUGCUUAGAGGACUCAAAGCUCAAAGUUUGUGGAAACUAACAUUGUUUUAUGUACUUCUUAUAAGAAGUGAACAGCAAAGCUACGCAUCCGCGGAAGAUAUAAGUGAAGAAGAGUCAAUAUCAACGCCUUAUAUCCCCAAAAACUACGAUGAAGAAAGACUAUCUGAAUAUUUGUUCAGCUCAAAACCUCAAGAAACACAGAUAGUGACGAUCGGUCAGACAGAGCAAAGUACUGCUAUAAAUGAUGAUACUGUCAGGUCAGGAAAAGCUCUCGAACCCCGGGAUGAUCAUUGGUCAACGUCAAUUACACGUGAUUCUCCCCUAACGACUAACAUAAAUAUAAACAGCAGUGAACAAUGGGGAAGAAACUUUACACGAACACCGACGUCAUGGUCUCAAGAGUUUCCUGACGGAACGGGAAAGGGGACAUGGCACGAGCUGACUGAGUAUGAAGACCAUGACACUCGCAAAGGAAGGAGUUUUCCAAUGACAACAGAAGCCAGUGCGUCAUACCAUACAGCGCCUGACGUGUCAGUUUAUGUAAUAACAUCUCUGCUAUUGUUGUCAGUACUUAGAAGAGAUUAGUCUUACACUGCUUUAAUAUUUCAUUCAAAUAAUUAACUUAUUUCAUUACCACUUACUUUUCUUAGAUCGAAAACUAUUAACCCACAUUUUGCAAGGUGCGAUCUUUUCGUCCAUGUUGCAUGAUUAGUUGUAUCGUAUGUAACUGAAAGAGAGUUUCUGGCUUUAUACAAUUAUCCAAACACAAUAAUCUAUGUUGUUACUGUAGAAUGAAAUAAGGAUCUAUGUUGUUAUUAAAAAAUGCAACAAUGAUCUGUGUUGUUACUCUAGAAUGUAACAAGGAUUUAUGUUGUUAUUAAAAAGUGCAACAAUGAUCUAUGUUGUUACUCUAGAAUGAAACAAGGAUUUAUGUUGUUAUUAAAAUACAACAAACAGA